AGGAAAUGGUGAGCUACUGAUAUACUCGCUCUCUAAGUACGAUAUAUAUCCUUUAUAUAUCUCGCUCGCGUACGGCAUAAGUCGUAAAGUGUUAUUUGGUGGACGUACUGUUUUUGCAUGCGUAAAGAUAUAUUUGUUAAUUAUUGUGGAAGUUCGAAAAAAAAUGGAGUUGAAUACUGGAACUAAAGAGUUGCUAUAUUUCAUUUUCGAAAAUUGGAAAUUGUUGCUUUUUUUUAACCUAAUAUUUUUUCUUUAUUUUUACUACACCCAAACGUUUGAUUAUUUUGAGAAGCGAAAUAUAAAGUUUAUGAAACCCGUUAUUUUCUUUGGAAAUUCGCUAUCUAGAAUAACUGGUAAAAAGCCUUUCAUCGAAUUUCAGUCAGAUGUUUACAAUUUCUUUAAAGGAAAUCGUUAUGGGGGAUAUUUCGAAGGCCGAAGACCUGUUCUAUAUGUUCUAGACCCUGAACUAAUCAAAUCUGUCACUAUUAGUGAUGCUGAUCAUUUUAUUGAUAGAAAUACUAUCAAGACUAAAGAACCAAGAUAUUUGAGCAGAUCACUUCUAGCAUUAAAGGGUAUGGAAUGGAAAGCUGUCAGGAGCUUAAUAACUCCAACAUUCAGCUCAUCUCGCUUAAAAAAUAUGUUCCCUUUAGUUCAACAUUGUUCCAACCAGUUGGUUGGACUUUUAUCACGCUUUGACAACACUGAAAUAGAACUUAAAGAAAUGACUGGCCAUUUCACAUUAGAAGUUACAGGUGUAUGUGCAUUUGGUAUAAGCACAGAUGCUCUCAAAGAUGAGAAUGCAGAAUUUUACAAGGUUGCAGAGAAAUUUAAUUAUAUGUCCUUUCCUAAAAGAUUUUUUUUCUUUUUUAUUUUAUUGUUUAUGCCUUCGAUGUUCAGAUACAUAAAUAUAUCGUUUAUGAACUAUGAGUCAACUAAAAAGUUAGUGAAAAUAUUGCAAAACACUAAAGCUGAAAGAAUAAUAGCAGAAUCUAAGAGAAGUGACUUUUUGCAACUCUUAGUUGAUGUUUCUAUAAGAGAGAAAGAAGAACUUGCACAAGCUAAUGAAUCUUCUAAAAGAUAUUUGGACGAUGACACAUUGGACGCACAAGCAUUACUAUUUCUUUUAGCUGGGUUUGAAACUACAAGUACAUUGUUAUCUUUUGUUUUUCACACAAUGGCAGUGAGGUCAGAUAUACAAGACAAAUUGAGGGCUCAUAUUGAGGAAAUUACUAAAGGACAAGAGUUGAGCUAUGAUCAUCUUUCACAAUUAGAUUAUCUGGAAGCAGUUAUACUAGAAACUUUAAGAAUGUAUCCACCAUUAGGCAGAAUUGACAGGUCAUGUACUAAGCCAUACACUGUACCUGGUUCAUCGUUGCAUCUCAAAGUUGGCGACGUAGUUGCUAUACCCGUAUAUGGCAUCCACAUGGAUCCAGACAUUUAUCCUGAACCAAAGAAAUUUAUACCUGAGAGAUUUAUGAAGGAAGAGAAAAAGGAGAGACCUUCGCAUUUGUUCCUGGCAUUUGGCGCUGGACCUAGAAACUGCAUUGGUAUCCGCUUUGCAAUGAUCGUUGCUAAGACAGCAAUUGUUACUCUGAUUAGAAAUUUCAAAUUUUCGAGUGGACCAAAAACUGAGAAUCCAGUUAAAUUUCACAGAUUUUCUAUGUUGUUAAAACCAGAAUCUGGUGCAUGGGUGCAUGUCGAAAAGAUAUAAACCCUUUGAUAUUGUUUCGUGGCUUCCAUUGCCUGCUAUUUUACGAACCGCGUCGCGCUAUCCACAGAGCGUACCGGACUCGUCGACAAGCCGUCGGAUCAACCAAUGAUCGGUAACUUUAUAGGCAAGAGUAUUCAUAGGAAGCCACAUUUUAUAGUAUUUUUAUCAAAGUGAUUCAAAACAUCGAAUACUAUACAAGUAGUAUUUAUUAUAUUUUAGUAUGGUUGAUUAUAAUUAUUUAGGUGUGGGAUCGGGUAUGGGGUAAAUGUAAUAAUGUAACAGUAACAUUAAUUAGUACAAAACGUAGACAGAGAAACAAAUAGACCAAGGGCCCGUGAAAUGUGUGCGUAUAAUGUUGCCAUAGUAACUGCAUUCCCUAUUUUGGGAGAUAAAUAGUUUCCAGGAUUUAAUUAAAACUUUACUUUUUAAUAUUUAUUAUACAUUUUUUUAAUUAAAAUAUUUUUUUGUUUUCCAACUACACCCAAAAACCGUUGCACUGUUUGUUUUUGUUUCCGUUAUCAAUAGUACUUCAGCAUUUUUAUAUGGUACUGGAUUAGCAUUCUCCUCAUGUAGAAAUCUAAAACACUCAAUUAAAUUAUUAAUAAAGAAUGGUUGCCACAUAUAUUUCUAUGUUAACCUCUUGACUCGGAAUCUAAUAAUAUUAUAAAUUCAUGAAGAAUGUUAAAUAAUGUUGUCGUUAGAAAAUUAUAAAUAGGAGAACGAAUAAAUUAAUUUAACAUAUUUAUAUACUUUAUAAGUAGAAACACUUUAGGUUAUUAUUGGACUCCGUAUUUAUUUGUUUACAUUGUCGACGAGUCGAUAUUUUUUAUCGAAAAUUGGGGCAUUUUUUUAGCUGACGCUGGCAGCACUUACAUGAUAAAUAAUCAUAGGUUAUGAAUGAUAAAAACUGGAAAAUCCUAUUAUCUUCAAGAUUUUAAUGCAGCAUAAGGUUCCGUCAUGCUAUUGCAUAAAUAAACAUCACUGAUAAUCUAUAUUUAGGGACAAAACCGUCUUACUUAGGCGGAAAACACACGCCGGCAAUUUUCUUUUUGCUAUCGCUUUAACAUGAAAUAAUACGACAAUGCACUAUUAUAUUUAUAACCUUCGAUAUGAUAUAAGGAUUGUUUCUCGGUCUUUUUGGACGGUCUUUCGGACUGGAUUAGAAUCGUUUUCUAACAUAAAAAUAAGCAAAAAUUGAACAGUAACACAUAUAACUGGUUACUCGAUAAGGGACAAAAGAUUUGAUAAUUCUAUCUCUGUCUAAACCAUUUGUAACGUAAUUUUCGUUCUCUUUCUUGUGUAAGUGAGAAGGAUAUCGUCAUUGCGUCUAUUAGUUUUUCUGUCUACGGUACAAAAUGAAUAUACAAUUUAACCACCUGACCACCUGACCACCGUUAUCCAUCACUGUUGCGAGUUGAUGAGUAAACUCACAAAGAUUCGUUUCAGUAGAUCUACCAUUGACGAAUCCGUGUUGCUGGUCGAUGAUCAGCGGCCUUAGAACGAAAUAUAACUGAUCAUAUAUAAUUUAUAGAGAUAUAUUUAUAGAGAUUAUAGAGUCGAUUAUAGGUCAUGCCUAGAUAUUUUUUAAUUUGUUUUGCUUUAUUGUAUUAAUAACGAUAACAUUAAUUUAUAGUUAAUGUGUGUUCGUAAAACACAAAAAAUAACGAAAUAUGUUCAUAAUAAUUACAUAUGAAUAACCUCUUUAUAAAAAAAUAUUGACUUAUCGAUGUAGAUAAAACGGAAUGUUUCUCUCUAAUCAUUGAAUCGAAUAUGAAGUGUUUUCUUUAUGAAACUCGCUAACUGCUCUCAAAGAAAUCUUCACUCCGGCCAGUUAUCGACAGUAUGUAUAUUCAGUAAUAUAAACAUUCUUUAUUAAGCGUGUAAUGGUUAUAUUUAUACAAAAAUAAAAAUUAUAUUUGGUCACAA